AUGAUUGCCGUGGAUGUUGUAGUUCACAACGUACUGAAUGAGUUGUCGAUGGACGGCAACUGGGGCUCUGACAUUCGUACACUAAAAAAGUAUAUCAAAGCCCAAUUAAAUCCCUCACUAGAUAUUGAAAAAGGACCUUUGCUUGAGUUUUUUUGGAAGAUGCUUGCUCAACAAUCGUCGUUUCAGGUUGGCUUGGCUACGCAGCAACUAAAGCUGGCUUUGAGGGGAAAAGCACCACCUCGUCCUUCAAAAGGUGCAGAGCAAACAGCAUUAUUUGAAGUACUCAACCAGCAAUGUUCAGAAUCCUCCCUUGGUAUUCUCCUUGAAACCUACGGAGAUAAUCUUCGUGUUCGAACUGAUGAUGAUAUGAAUUGGUUUGCAAUUACUGGUCUAAACCACAGACCACCAAAGCUGAGCCCUAUGGUCGUCACCGUUCUCACUUUCAUAUCUAGAAGUAAAGAAAAUGGUAUCACUUUUAUCGAAAUGACCAAAAUGACGGGAUUUGAUAGUAAGUCCAUUUUCUAUUGUGUCAAGAUACUUCUAGAGAUGGACCUUGUCGUUAAAAUGCACACAAUCUACCAAGGAGCUACUACAAAUGUCGCUAUUCACCGCAAGUUUUUGGCAAAUUCACGACACUACCAAGCUCAAGCUCAAACUGAAUCCACUUCACAAACAAAAGAUGACUCUGACCGAGAAAUGGAUGUCUGUGAUGAAGAGGGAGAGCAAAUUCGGGGCUCAGAUGGAUUACCUCAAUUUUCUCCGUUAAAUGAGGCUCACUUAAACAAUGCUCCUUUGCUCAGAAGUCGCAUUUUGAAGCUGAUCAGAAACUGUCCCAAUCGAAUCAUCCACCACAAAUUCAUCUUCGUCAAAAUUGGGUUUCCAGCGGGUAAUAAAUUCAUUCGAAGAGUUGUCGGUCGUCAUUUGGGCAGGAUGAUUGAUGAAGGAUACCUCGAGCGCUGCUCUAUCAAGGCCUCUACUCGAUCAAUGCGCCUUAAUUGCUUGCGAAUCCCUGAUGAAGAUGAGACUUUUAGUCAUCCUCAAAAUAUCAUGAAUGAAGAUCUGAGUGGAAUGAGUCCUGGAGACGAUGAAGAAGACGAUGACGACGACGACAGCACUGACACCUUUGGAAUCACACUUGCUAUUACAAUCGAGAAGCAAGUUAUGAACAUCGUUCACGAAUCAGGUAUAUCUGGAAUAACUAUGACUGCAAUCAAAAACACUCUCCCAAUGAUAAAUAGGAGAACGCUUGAAUCAAUUUUGCUGCGUCAUGAGACAGACCACGAUCCUGGUAAUUUGAGUGACCUUGCUUUGAAGUCAAUCACUGAGUCUUGUGGGCGUGAGCGCAGACAGGUAUAUUUUUCACGGAGCAACUUCGUCCAGCGUGCAGAAAGAGAGGGCUUGGAUGUUGGAGAUGACCUUGUUUCAGAGGACGCUGGCUUGCUGAGUAGUUUGGCAACUGACAGUGGAUGUGCAUCGCGUCAAGAUUACCAAGCGCUCAUUGCUAAAUUGAUCGGAGCAACUGGAAAGAAGAAAAAUAAUAGACAAGGUCUCAUUUUUGGUGCAACGCCUGAUCAAAGUCCUGCUCCUAAAAAGCUUGGCAGACCCCGCAAGACAGAUCCACCUGCUGAUACAGGGACGGUGAAAAAGCGCGGUAGACCUCGCAAAACAGAAAUUACUGCAAGCUUCGCAAAUGCAACUCCUAGGAGCAUUUCCGGGCAGCCAGAAGAGACAGAAACUCCUUCAAAGGCAUCGAAGAAACGUACUCAUAAGGAUGAAGUUGCUGAAUCAUUACCUCAAAAGAAAAAAGGAAGACCUUCUAAAAAGAUGAUAGCUGAAGCGGAAGCAGCAUCAGCGAUGAAUAAAGAGCAGUCAUCAGCGAAGGAAGCUUCCACACAGAAGUCAGCACCAGACCAAUUCAAUGAAAGUGCUCAGAAUGGAACCAAUAGCACUGAAAUCGAAAUCAAUUCUGAUACUGACCAAGUUUCUAGUACGAACAUCAAGCCAGAUGCAAGAUCUUUAGAGGAAACCCACAAGAAAACAAGCCCACCUGAUGAGAAAGGAUCUUCAGAUGAGAACAAUAAAAGGAUUAGUGACACGCCUUCAAAGCGAAAGCUUAGAUCGAGAGGAAGUAUAAAAAUACCUUCUUCCGCUCCUAUCAUCAUAGAUGAAGAUUCUGAAAGGGAAUCGUCGAAGCGUAAAAAGAUAGGAAGUCCGGAGCUAGACAGUGACGAGUCAGCCGCCUAUCAACCUGAACAUAAUGAAGACGAAAAUGAUCAGAAAGAUGAAAGUUAUGAAACAGAAAAACAUCAACUUGGGGCGCAUGAGGAUGUUGAUAAUGUUGGUGGUGUAGAAGGAACAAAUGAGAUUAACAUUACUCGCAAUGUCGCUGAGAGUGGCCAACCAAACAUCUCCGUGAACGACGCGGAACAAAUCAACGAACUCGACACCAAAGAAAACCCCCAUGAAUUCGACACAGGCAAUGCGGAACCAGAACUAGGACCUACCACGCCUGCAGCUGUGGCGUCAGCACCUAGAGUCAGGAAGACCAAACAUGCUAUUAAGAAGAUGCGAUCUGAACGCACAGACCUCUCACAUCACCGCAGGCUUCAAGAUUUGUUUGGUGCAAUUAAAGGCAAUGGAGGUAUAGUUGAAGCAUCACGUGAAUCCUACGACGUAUAUCAGAAAUACGUGCAUGGUCCAAAAUAUCAGACGGCACCACUAAUUGACAAAGCUGCUAUGAAUAAGACGCUCAAUGUCUUAUUCCAGGAAGGAAAACUCAAACAGACAAUUGUUUCAAGUCGGACUUACGGUCAAGGUGCAAUCCAGAAAAAGCUAAUUUACUUAUCUGACCUCGAUCCACAAUCACACGUUUUCCGAGACAAGAAAGCACAAAUAGGAAAGGAUAUGAUGCAGAUGUAUCAGCCCAGAAGUGCUAAGAAGGAAAUUGUUUCCGAUAAUAUAGGCUACAUAUCUCUCAAAAAUAAACGUGGCAACUUAAAACUGCCUGAAGAUUGUCACGAUCCAUCUCAGCGCGAAGAGGUUAGAAAAACUAUAUUGUCAGAUGUCAAGGCAGUAGCAAGACUUCAUGGUUACAUAAGUGGAAAGUUUACGAAAGCUCACAAGCUCUAUCUCCUUUUAACAAGUGAGAUGCAGCACAAGAACGAGCUGACUCAUUGCAUCAGCGAAGAGGAGCCUAUAAUUUCGCUUAAUUAUUUCCGGACCGAUAUUCCUCUUGAGCAACACAUGCAGCUAUUCCCGUGGACCAAAGUAGAUGCAAUGGCACUGGAGUAUAAAUAUGAUAAUUCAAAGAGUAAGCUCCGCGUCAAGGAUCUGCCACAUCAUUUGCAGAAAAUGGUUGGUGAGGCUUUUUCAAAAAGGUAUCACUUUGUCAUAGAUUGCAUUCGCAUUUUGUGGCACUUGAACCUGGUUGAGCUUAUGGAAGAAGUCGAUGAAAUUACCACAGAGAAGACACCCCAUGCCAACAAUUUGAAAGGUGUAAAAGAACUCAGGGUCCCUCAAAAGCUGGAAUUCUUCAAAUUAAGAAAGAAUGGUCUUUUCUUGUCAUUCGAAGACAAACCGGUGCUUCGGGAUGGUAUGACGCUCAACACUGCAGAAGACGUCAACAAAUACUUUGAAAGAUUGAAGACGCUUGCUUUGAACAGCCAAGAUGCUUCUAAGACUACCAAAACAAACGAGAACCAAACGCAAGAUAUUUCAAACUUUUUAUCCUUUGCUGCAAUGAUGCAAAGACGUUCUGCUUGGCAAGAAACUGGACUGCUUUCGGUGUUGCAAAGGCGAUACCUUACACACCUACUCGACGAAAAGCAUGAUGAAUUAGCGACAGCAACUCAAGAGAUAUUUGACGAGAUUGCUUAUACCUGUGCAGCGCCCACAGAAUUGGUUAAAGAUUACAUUGCAGAAGAAUCCUCAAAGAGAGAAAAGCUUGAAUCUAAGAAGAUCAUCGACACAAAGAAAAAGUGUUCAAAGAGUUCGAAAAAACUUAGAAAGUCUAAUAAGUACAGCAAGUCUGUUGACGCUAAAGUUCAAAGGGCACGCUCCCGGCACAUGGAUCAAGAGGAAGAGAAUGAGGAUAAAGUGGUCGCCGAGCAGGUACGACAGCUUAAAAUGAGAACAGAGAAAAAGAGAAAGCCGAAGCCGAAAAGACAAAACGAGUACAGGUUUGACCCUCCUCUUGAGCAACCGCCUGGGAAGGCCAUUGACGAUAUCAUUGAAGACCAUAAAAGACUCUUUCCUGAGGGAUAUAGCGCUCGACAGACGAGACACUAUGACUAUUGGAAUGCUGACACUGAAGAGCUUCUUCGUGACACUAUCGCUGUCAUUAAGUCUCACACGAAAAAGUACAAAAAUCCUACAUUGACUGCAGCAAUACGAGUAUUCCCUAGAUUCAAGACUGGUCAGCUACGAAAUCAUGAGAAGGUCAUUCUGGAAGAUCGUCAAGAACAGAUUUAUGUCGAGCGUUUGGCACAAGAAUAUGAAAAUCUUUGCAAGGAUUUUAUCAAAGAUACAAAGAUGGACAAAGCGUCGAGUAUCGACAACAUUGACCUCGUUGAACAUCUAAACCUCAUUAGAACUCAUAUCGACAAAAGAGCCCUGUGGAUCAAUACUACAUCGACGAGUAAUGCUACGGAAGUCUUGAGUGUACCUGAUAGCCUUGAAGGUUUCUUUGAUCAAUUUGAUGUCACUGAAGAACCCACUCAAUCAUACAGCAGUCUACAAGCAAUUUUGUUUGACCCUGCUCAAACAGAGGUCGCAAGAGAACGUGCAUAUUCCAAGAUGAAUGCUACCGACCAACUUGAAGUUGACACUGGAAAGGCUGUGAACACAGUUGAGGAGCUGAACGUAAAACUCGCAGAAGUUGCAAUAAAGAUGUCAACGCAUGAUAGAGAAGUCGGUCAUUCAGAAAGAUCGCAGAAGCUUCUUGAGAACUUCUCAGAAGACACAUUCUUCACUGCGCUUGAAAACAUUAAGGCCGAAAAUAUUCUUUGCAUACCAGUCAAGCAAGACGGUCCAACACCGCUAUAUGCAUUUACUGAUAGUUAUAAGCAUGAUAGUCAUGGACCGUGGCAAGCAGCGUUUAUGCAAAGCUUGUUUGAUUCGACUGUUGCUGUUCAGGAGGGCAAAUUUUCAAUCUGGCCUGUUGUUGUGCAGGAGCCUCUUCAGGCAGCACUCUUGAACUGCAUAUCAUCCCAUAAACUCGAGUGCAGCAUUAACAUUGAUAACUUUAGUGCUAGAUUCGAUUCUCUCGGUAGUCGUGCUGUUCAGGACGAUGAUUACGAAAACAUUAUUUCUAUCACCUCUAAGGGCAAUAAAGCAAUUCAAUUACCGCCCUUGCCAAACCACAUCUAUACACACCCAAUGGAGGUAGAUGAGUGUAGGCAAAUACCAAUCCUCGAGCAUUGUGGUCCAGUCGGUCUGUCUAAAGAUCAAGUACCAAACAAUAUGGAGAUUGAUGCAAUACUUGGAUCAGCUUCCGCCAUCGUUGCAGGAUAUGACACUGAUAGGUUAGUAAAAUCCAAGUUCGGUGAAAACUGGUGUGUCAAAAUCAAUGAUAAAUAUGUCUAUCCUCGUCAAUGGGUUAAGCUGGAAGGAAACGCUGUCGAAAGUACGUGGAGAAGUGUGCUCUUUGCUCUGAUCAGUACUCUGAUGAUCUACCCCGGUAUUUCUUUGACUCAACUCAGAAAAUGCUUCAGCAAAGCGUACGACAGACUUGAGGUUGUUGAUGCAAUUCAAGCAUUGCUGAGGGAAGGACUUGUUCAUGGGAGAAUGCACAAUGCAGAAGGAGCACCAAAGUUACAAAGUUUGGCAGAUGAAAGUGAAAUGUGCUAUUAUCAAAGCUUUAUAUAA